AUGUCGAGCAUUGAGAAGUUGUCGAUCCGCGGUAUCCGCAGCUUCAGUCCGAACCGUGAGGAGAUCAUCGAGUUCUACCACCCUCUGACCAUCCUCCUGGGCGACAAUGGCUGCGGCAAGACCACAGUGAUCGAGUGUCUCAAGCUCGCGUGCACAGGCGGCCUUCCUCCAGGUGCUCGUAGUGGCCAAAGCCUCAUCCACGACCCCAAGAUCGCAGGAACCAACGAAGUGAAGGCGAGUAUUCGUCUGCGCUUCCGUAACCAAGCGGGUAAGGUCAUGCUGGUGCAUCGUACGUACCAAGUGCGACAGACGAAGAAGACGAUCAGCUUUAAAGCUCUGGACGGCGUCAUCCAAGUGGCGAACGAGCUGGGCGAGAAGGUUUCUCUGAAUCACAAAUGCGGCGAGCUAGACCAGCACAUUCCAGACAUGUUGGGGGUGUCUAAAGCCAUUCUGGAAAGUGUCAUCUUUUGUCAUCAAGAAGAUUCCAACUGGCCGUUAAGAGAAGGUGCCGAGUUAAAGAAAAGGUUUGAUAACAUCUUCGAGUCGGCGAGAUACACGAAAGCUCUUGAAGCGAUCCGGAAGCUGAAGAAGGCGCGACUGGACAAUGCGAAGGACUAUAAACGGGACUUGGACGUGCUGACGGCUCACAUGAAGACGGCGGAGGAGAUUCGCGAUAAAAUUGAGCGAAUGCAAGAGCGACUCCAAGAAGUCGCGGAAGAAGGAGAAGAAGCGGAUGGGAAGAUCGCUAGAGCAGACGAAACGUUGAGGGAGCUGCAGCAAUUGCAGGAAGAAGUGAAGAGUUUCCACCUACAGCUGGAGAGACGACAAGAAGACGUGGCGACGAAGGAGCAGAGUGCGCGCAGUGCAUACAACAAGAUUGAGAAGAUUAUGAGCGACACUGACGAGGAGCUGCAAAGCUGCUUGAACAACUACGACGCUACGAUUGAGAACCAUCGGAGCGCGUUUGCCAGACUGCAAGAGCAGAAGGAAAAGCUGCAGCGUGAGCAACAUAAGACCAAUGAAGAAUACGUGGCGCUACGUAAUGAGAAGACACGCGUGGAAACGAACAUCGGCAUGUACCAGAAGAUGGUGGCGGACCUCAUUGACACGGCCUCGAAGCUCAGCACCAAGUAUCGCUUCCACUUGCAGCCGCUGACGUCGCAACAGGAAGAUAUCUGGAGCUUUCUAGCGGAGUUUAGGAGCGUCGUAAAGGACAAGCAAGAAGAGGUGAACAAGCUGGACGCCAAGCAGCGACAGGAGGAUGACGCGUUGAUGACGGAGCUGUCCGAGCUGACGUCGCAGGCCAAGCGACUACAAGACGACUUGAAGAGCAAGACGCAGAGUCUGGAGGCGCUGAAUAGAGACAAACAGGUUGUUGCGGACCGGUUGAGGGCGCUGGGAGGCGCUGGGCUUCACUCGCAACGCGACGCAGAGGAAAUGAGCUCUCAGGUGUCGGAAGCGGAGAAGACGUUGGCGGAUUACAGGGCCAAGCACAACGUGGCGGCUCUGAAAGACGAGAUCCAAGGGUUCAACAGACAAAUGAGCGGCAUCAACGGCGUGGUCGAAGACCUGGGACAAGAGAUCAGCCAGUUACGUAUUUACGCCACUCGAAACGCUGAGACCGAGUUCCAACGCAGCGAAUACCGCAAGAAACUGGAAAGUUUCCAGGCCAAUCUACAGGAAAAGGUGGCGGACAUUGAAGAGAUCUUUGAAGGCGGCGAGAAGCCAACAGACAGAGCCUCGUUGGUGUCGGGAAUCCGAUAUGUCGACGAUCUGAUUGGCGAGCGCAAGCGAUCGCUCGAUACCAAGAGGAAGGAGCAGGCGUCAGCUGAGCAGCGUUUGAUAGAGAACACGACGUCGUCUAAGCUCGCAGAGAAGGAGCUGAACGCCUUGCGCUUGAAGAAGAACCAGCUGGAGAGACAGCACGUGAGUGGGCUGAAGGAGCUGCUGGACAGAGUGAUUCCUGGCCACGACUUGAAGAGUGCGGAGCUCGGAGUGAGGGAGGCGGAGCGCGCGUACGCUGACGCCAAAGACAAAGUCGUUCGUCGCAAGAAUAUGGUCCUGUUCCUCAACAUUUACAAGAAGAAGGGGCUGAAAGACCACUGCUGUCCUCUCUGUGAGCGAGACAUGAGUCCUGAGGAAGAGCAGGCGUUCGAGAGCGUCUUGAGCGAUAAAACGGACGACGGAAAGGUGGCCGACAAGAUCAAAAAGGCCGAAGACCUCGAGAAAUCGUCACUGCAGACGCUGACUGAGCUCAAGGAGAAGAUGCCGAGUUGGCGCAAGUGGAUCGAGCUGGAGACUGCGAUCCCGGAAAAAGUAAGCGAGUUGGAGGAGAUUUACGCUGCUCAGAAGGCUCUGGAGAUCGAUGUGCAAGACAAGAAAGCCGCGUUUGAGCUGGCACAGGAGCACUUCGACGCUGCCAGAGUGGCAAAGUCCGACAUGGAGAUCCUGCGCAAAUCUGCGGACGAGCUGGAGUAUUCCGACGUGGAAAUUACGAAAAAGGAGGCGCGUAUGAGAGGAAGUCAGGGAGCAAGUGGGCGGUCGUUGGCGGACGUGGAAGCGGAGAAAGAUGCCAAGCAGGCAAAAGUGCAGGAGCUGAACCACCAGCUCCAACGCAAGCAGAAAGAGCUGGAUCGCAUCAACGAAAUGCUGCAACAAUUGCAGAAUGACGUGCACAGUCGGAAGGAGGAAAAACUCCGACUUGAGACGCAGCGUAAAGAGUACGACGAGGCUGUCAAGGAGCAGAACAGGUUGCGGGAGCAAGAGAAGGCGUUGAAAGAAGCCUGUGCGAAGUUGAAGAAGUCGGAGCCCGAGGUGGGGCGCGUAGUUCGAGCGAAAGCUACGCAACGCCAGACGAGACGAAAAGAGGCGAGCGAACAGCUACAUGUCCAACGAUCUGAGCUCCAGCAACGCCAGGGAGACUUCCGCGUGUUCAGUGAUAAAUGCAAGCAAGUCCAGCAUGGAGAGCUUGACAAACUGGAGCGUCAAGUCCAAGCGCUGAGUGAUACAAUCGCCCAAACGAAGCAGCGAGAGGACACAGCAGUCCAGGCGUUGGCAGAUCUGGCACCGCAGAUGCAGAGUGCGCAGACGAAUCUGAGUCAGAACGAGGUCGGAAAGCGCCAAAUCCAAGACAAUAUCGACUACCGUGAGCUCCAAAAGCAGCUGGAGAAGAUGCGCACUGAGGUCGCGGAUCUCCAGAAUCAUAUCGGCAAUUUACCGUCGCUGGACGACGUGAACGAUCGAGUUGAAUCAGCGGAUGCGGCGUUGAGCUCUGCGAAACACUCGGCUUCCGUGAUGGUGGGAAAGAGACAGCAGUUGCUGGAGGAACUUCGCGAGCAGAAGGUCAAGCUCCGUGUCCCGACUUUGAAGGACGUCGAAGAGAAGUACCGACACAAGUUGAUCCAGUUCGAGACGACGCAGAUGGCCGUGACAGACCUGGAUCGCUACUUUAAGGCGCUGGACGAGUCGUUGCUGCAGUAUCACUCGAAGAAGGUGGAGGAGAUCAACACGAUCAUUCGCUCGCUGUGGCAGAUCACGUACAAGGGGCAGGAUAUCGACACUAUUGAGUUGGUGAGCGGACAGCAGGAUGGCGCAGUGUCGAAAGCUGCUCGCUCGUACGACUACCGUGUCGUGAUGAAGAAGGCUGGGGCUGCAAUCGACAUGCGAGGUCGCUGCAGUGCGGGACAGAAAGUCCUCGCGGCUCUGGUGAUCCGCUUGGCGCUAGCUGAGACCUUCUGUCUGAACUGUGGCAUCCUGGCGCUGGAUGAACCCACGACCAAUCUCGACACGGAAAACAAGUUCGGACUCGCGCAGGCGAUCACAGAGUAUGUUCGGCCACUCUGA